UGGCCUUUCUGUUGUUGUGCUGUCCUGAAGCCGUCUCUUCCCGGCGUCCCGCUCCUUUUUUCUGAUUUCUCUUUCCUCUUCCUUCUACUCGGGGCUCCCAGCAGAGUCCAGUCCACUUCCAUCCUAUUUCUUUAUUUUUUGUUGGGGAGGGGAAGCUCCAACAGAAGCCAGAAAACCAUGCUGAGAGUUUUGGCGCUGGCGGUGGUCGUCCUCCUGGGAAUAGCGCCUGAGCCGUCCCAGGCCAUCAGCAUUUACACCGGCUGGGAGCGCCACGCCCUGGUGGGGUCCGACAUCCGGCUGUCCUGCAGCUUCUUCUCCUGGCGCUUCGUCUCCGAUGACGUCUCCUUCACCUGGAUAUACCGGCCGGACGGCUCACGCGAGACCGUUUCCAUCGCCCACUACGCCGGUGGGGAGGCCUACACCGACAACAAAGGUCGAUUCAAGGACAGGGUAGAGUUUGUGGGGAACCCGAAACGCCGCGACGGCUCCAUCCUCAUCAAAAACCUGGACUUCAGCGACAACGGCACCUUCACCUGCGACGCCAAGAACCCCCCUGACAUCGUGGGGCGCCCCUCCAGCGUGCGGCUGCUGGUCUUUGAGAACUUGCCCAUCCAAGCGGGUGUGAUCACGGGCGCCAUCAUCGGGGUGGUGCUGGGCCUGCUGGUGCUGAUUGUGGUCAUCUACUACCUGAUGAGGUUCCUGGUGGCGCGUCGCGUCUUCAGCCUUAGCGUCAGCAAACAUGGCAAGAAAAAGAAAGAGGGAUCACAGCAGAGACAGGGCCCCGCGCCUCCCGCUGACCCCUCCAAGGUGAAGGCGGCCGCCUCGGAAAAGAAGAAGCAGGAGUCCCGCAAGGAUAAGAAAUAGGAUACGGGGAGGGGCUGGGGCGGGCUGCUCCAGCCCGUGCGCCAGGUACUGGCGGCGAAGGUCCAGCCCAAACAGAAGCAGCAGCGGCACGGCGUCGUCAAGGAGGCGGAGCGGGUGGGGGGAGGUGGGGAGGAGGGCGCCGGCCGGGUGCUUAUGACUAUUGAGCUGGAGCUGACCCGGCAAAACGGGGAGGAAGGCUCCGGCGGCGAGGGAGGGACGGGGCGGGCCGAGCCGGCUGGCCUCCUCUCCCGCCUCUCCAGACGGCUCCCCUUCAAAUAGCAGGCCUCCCCCCCACGCACCCCCCCCCCCCACUCUACAUCCAGAGUCCCCGAAUAAACAUGUUAAAUCACAUCUGCUCUUGUCACAGAACGCAGACGCGACGAGCGUCCGCGGGCCCAGAUGCCGCGAUAAUCUCCGGCACCGGCCCGGCUCCCUGACUGCUUUUGUUAGGUCAUGAGAUACGCCAUUUGAAGCGAGACCCUGAGACGGCCCCCGGCUUGAUAACAAAAUCUAAAAAAAAUAAAUAAAUAAAAAAAGGCUGCUCCCAGGGUUUUGCCUCCGUGGUUCCUUUCAUUGUGAUCCUAUCCACUGCAAAAAAAAAAAAAAAAAAAAAGCUUUUUCUCAGAGUGCGUCCGAUACGCAUCACAAAUCCCUGGCUGCGGGGACAAGCCAAUUUGUUCUUUUUUUUUUUCUCCUCCUUUCUCUCCAGAAGCGAUGUGUCAAACUCCAGCUUUCUCUCCUCCUGCUGAUUUCUGAUUUUCAUUCUUUUUUACCCCCCCCCCCUCUUCCACUCCUGUCCCAUCCCGUUUCUUCCUCCUGUUCCAAUGAUUUUUCUGGACUUUCUUGUUAAUUCAAAUUGCAGAAAUGAUUUAUAUGCUAACGGCUCUGUCCUGUUCUCUCUCUCUCUCUUCCUUCCCCUCUUUUUCUCCCCCCCCCUGCUCCUUUAGAUAAAGGUCUGACUUCUCCAUGACUGCCUCCACUCCUCUAGUCUGCUCCUUCUUUUUCUGCCCAGCCUGACGCAACCUCCAUUAUUUCCCAUUAUCUCUGCCCUCUCAAGACAGCGCUGGCUGUAAGAAUAGUCCCCGUAUACAUCACCGUGCAACAGUCUCAAAUAAUUUUUUACAACGCCUCGUUGGAGACGGUGUUUGCGAUCAUUGGGCUAACUGUAAAAGUCUUUAAGGCCUUACUACGCGCAUAACCCGACAGACCCCCCCCCAAUAUUGUGUGUUUAGAUCCCGAUACAGUGAGAAACACGAUUCCUGCUCUCAGCCGACGCAGAUAGAAGUUCAAGCUAAUGGAGGCUGUCGCUGUGUCCAGUGCCCAGGCUGAAGGGGUGCUAUUUCUGGCCCCUAGAAGAGAGUACGGGCUUACAGUAACAGCUGCACAUUUUUCAGCCGACAAGCGAAGGAGUGGGGGAGGGAGGGGGGUUUAAGAGGUGGAGGCCUGAGAGAACGUCCCCCCCCGCCCAGCUCGGCGGCCGCUGACUGAUGAACCGGAAUGACGUCACGGCCUCCGAGCGGCCGGCGGAUGCUCUCAGGAGUCCGGAGGAAGGGGCUUACCAGGAAGAGGCGAGAUAUUUUAGGUCCAGUUAAUCCACUCGCGUGUUUCUCCUGGUCGACCUGCAGCUAAUUAUUUCCGUGUGCGCUGGUAAUAAGAUAUCUCUCACCACAUCGUUCCCCCCCCGGGCCUCCUCUGGCGUCUCCACUUCAUCUUGGCCCCCAUCUUAGGAAUCAUCUCUCUCCCCCCCCCCCGCCAGUUUUGCUGUUUCUGUCCUUAACGCCUUUGGCUUCCCUUUAUCUCUUCCUCCUCGUGCUGUCUACUGAGUCUGCACUGCAUUAUUCCCCUACUGAAAAGGUCUAUACACAAUCCAAUCUACUCUUUAAGCCUCUCCUUAUCUGACUGGCAGGCCUACAGCUCAAUGCUCCACUCUCUGCCGUCCUUCCUUCCUCUUCACCGUCUUUGUUGCCGUCUUUUUCCCGAACUCGGAGGCAGACGACUCUUGGCCGUCUUUGCCCGGCGAUUGAUGAAAAAUGCCCUCGCAGCUUUGCCCUUCAAACACCCCCCCCCCCCCCCCCCCCCGGGGCAAGACUCCACCGAGGUGCGGGUCAAUUCGCUCUUUCCUGAUUAAAUGCCCUCAUUCUGGACCUGCAUUGUAAUUCAGUACCUGUAAACAAACCAUUUUAUACCCACAGGAGGUAAAUAAUUGGGAUUCUGGGUGGGUUUUCCUUUGUAGUUAACCGUUUUUCAUGACUUUUAACGUGAUGUAUGUUAUUUAUUGGAGUCAUAAAGCGAUAUAGCAAACAGUAGUGUGAUUGGAUUACAAAAAGUAAACUACUUCAGAUCCUCAUUUGUCGAAGUCAGAAACGUCCUGUAUGAGACGGCUCUGAUUGGUCCCCGUAAAAAAGUCGGUACAAAACGUUCCCAAACUUCAAAGGGCGCGAAAUGGCAAAGGAGCGAAAUGAUCCACGACCCUUUACCCCGUCAUCUCUGGCUCGGUUUUUGACCUUUUGUUGCUGUUUCAACACCCCAGUGCAGGCGGAGGAAAACUCAAGAUGCCAAACGGAAACUUAUGCUUCAAGCCAACUCUCUUCUAUGUCCGCGUCCUGUGUAUAUGUGUUUCGUGUUACAGAGUGUUUUAAAAAAAUACAUUUGUUAUAAUGCAAAAAAAAAAAAAAAAAAAAAAAAAACAGCAGUAAGUGAAGCAAAUAAUGUUUUCUGGGACAUUUUUUUUUUUUUUUUUUUUUACAUGUGAUUACACAUGGAGAACAUGUCGACCAAAGCAAGGGGGAAGAAAUGUAACUGCGUUCUAGAGAAUAUGCCGUUAUAUUUCUGGCCUUGUGUGUUAUGGCAGGUACUGUGUGGCUGUCUCUGGGGGGGAGUUUCCGUCGGCGAUGGAAGAAAAUUGAGGUUGUGGUGCAGAGAGUGGGAAGGGAUAGCCUUAGAGUCAUCCCUCUGUGGCUGGGGAGGAAAGUAAGAACCACAGAGGAAGGUGCUUGCUGUGGAAGGAAGAGACUUAUCUGGCCUGUUAAGCCCUGGCAAAAAAAAAAAAAAAAAAAUCUGUAUGUAUCACUACAGAUAGUCUGCUCUUCCCCCCCCAAGAGCUUUUCUUUCAAAGGUGCUCCUUCCCAACCCUGAGCUAAAGAUGGAUCGUAAUCGGCAAAGCUUGAUAUGCAGGGCGGAUAGUGCAGACUUGAACUUUUCCUUGAAAAUUCAUAACAGGAAUAGGAGGCGCUGAAAAUCCACGCAUUCAUCGUCUGUUUCACUCGUCGCUGUUAUUCUAUCCAGUCCGAUGGACUGGCUGGAAUAUCUUCUUGUUUUCGCAGCAAAGCCACACAGAUGCCUGGCAUAACAUGAACGGCAUUCACACGCCUUGUAAAAUGAUUUGUUACGCAGCAUAAACUGUUUUGGCUAUGGUCGCUGAUUAACGUUUUCAUUUGAAAUGACUGGAGCUCCUUUUUAGGUUUAUUUCGAUGCUUGUUUAUAAUUCAAGAAUGCUAACAUUAUUUUGACGGUGUGUAAUAUGUUGUAAAGAGAACAUAAGAAUAAAAGCCAUAAAGCACAGCUGUUGGAGCAGUAAACUCAGCUGAAAAUA